UAAGGUUCGCAGCCAUCUGAGUGUCAUUUUAAAAACUGCAUUUUGGAACCGUUGUGUUCUCCAGAACGGACUGUUGAUGUUACAGUUUUCGGGGACCUUCAAGAAACGACUGAAAUAAUCAGAAUGGCAUCACAGACAUGUGGAUUAAGGGUCGGCGAGAGCGUUGACAUCCAACGCACCGACGGACGAAUUCAUUCUGCCAUGAUAAUGACCAUAGAUUCGGGAAGACAGGUGGUUGUCGUUGAGUGGCACGAAGCUGGAGAAACGAAAGGAAAGGAGUUGGAUUGGAAUGCCAUAUAUGCCCUCAACCCUGGGCUGCAGGAUACAAACAGAAGUGUGCGGAAGCCUGCAAGAUACACACAGUUGCCAACCCCUUCUGCAAUACAAGACAGGGGAAACACAAUUCACGAACGAAGAAGUGUGGCAAGGCCCAUGCUGAAUGGCCAUACCAAUCCUGCCAUGGGCCCUCCGCCAGCACUUCUUCCUUCAAAGUCCGCCUCCUCUGUGCUUGCCUCGUUGUCCGAAAAGAAUGGCAUGGUGACGAGACAGCAAACUAUGCAAGCAUCAACACCACAGACGACUGGUGCAAGUGACUCCAUCGCGAACCGGAGACGUACGAAUGUUGUAAAAGAGGUUGACCGAAUCAAGAAGCAACGGGAAGAGAGAAGGGCCCGGCAACUGGAACAGAAGGAAGAGAAGAAAGAGCGAAUGAAUGUUGAUCCAGGGAAUCCCAACUGGGAAUUCUUGUCCAUGAUCAGGGAAUACAGAUCUCAACUAGACAUGAAACCAAUGAGUAUGACUGAACCGAGUGACUUGAAUCAAAUAUGUGUGGCUGUCCGCAAGAGGCCGUUGAACAAGAAAGAGGUGAACAAGAAAGAAGUAGAUGUGAUAACUGUUCCAACCCGUGACCGAAUGGUGGUUCACGAACCGAAGCUCAAAGUAGACCUAACGAAAUACCUGGAGAACUCUCAAUUCCGUUUCGACUAUGCGUUUGACGAGACGGCCAACAAUGAGCUGGUCUACAAGUACACAGCACGUCCGUUAGUGCAGACUAUAUUUGAAGGAGGCAUGGCUACGUGCUUUGCCUAUGGACAGACUGGAAGUGGUAAAACACAUACAAUGGGAGGGGACUUCUCGGGCAAGACCCAGGACUGCACCAAAGGCAUUUAUGCUAUGGCAACUAAAGAUGUAUUCAAGUUCCUACGGUCUCCGAAGUACAGGUCAGAGGACCUAGUUGUAGCGUCGAGCUUCUUCGAAAUUUACAGUGGCAAGGUGUUUGACCUUCUGAAUGCCAAAGCAAAGCUCCGGGUGCUUGAGGACGGAAAGCAGCAGGUCCAGGUUGUGGGGCUGGUCGAGAAGGAAGUGGAUUCAGUGGAUGAGGUGCUCAAGCUGAUUCAGCACGGAAAUGGAGUGAGGACGUCUGGACAGACUUCUGCGAACCAGAACUCCUCACGGUCGCAUGCUGUUUUUCAAAUCAUACUUCGGCAGAGGAGGAGCGGUCGUCUACACGGAAAAUUCUCCCUGAUUGACUUGGCUGGCAACGAGAGGGGUGCUGACACAUCUAGUGCCAACCGCCAGACACGCAUGGAAGGAGCUGAAAUUAACAAGAGCCUCCUAGCCCUCAAAGAAUGCAUACGAGCUCUUGGAAGACGUGGAGCUCAUUUGCCAUUUAGGGCCAGCAAGCUGACCCAGGUGCUACGAGAUUCCUUCAUUGGAGAGAACUCUCGCACCUGCAUGAUUGCUAUGAUAUCGCCUGGUUUAAGCUCCUGUGAACAUUCUUUGAACACGUUGCGCUACGCCGAUAGGGUGAAGGAGUUGGGCGUAGAUGACAACUCAGAAGCACCAAAGCCUAUCAAUGAAGACGAAGAAAUGGAGCCUGAGAGUGAGGAGGAGGAUGAUGACCUUGCCAUACUUCGCUCCAACAAUGAUGCGGAGAUGUCGGGCGAGCUGUACACAUUCCACGAGGCCAUUUCUCAUCUGCAACAGGUGGAAGAGGAAGUUGUUGAUCUCCACAGGACGUUGUUUGAGGCCACCCAGAAGUGGCAAGAGCAAGAUGCUGCGCUGUUGUCGAUGACUAAUGAAGUGGACUAUGAUGUUGACUACUAUGUCCAUAAGCUGAGUGAUGUCCUCGCCGAGAAAGCAGAAGGGUUGAAGUUACUUACAAAGUUGAAGGAUAAAGUAGCCUGCUUCCAGCAGCAGCUAGCAGAAGAGGAAAAAAUAAGCAUGAACAUAAAGCGACCCCUGAAGAAGUGAACAUACUUACACUGUGGCACACCCUAGGCUUGCCCUUGCUCUCCAGUUCUUUCGUCUCCACCGCUUGACAGCCGAUGUAUAUACCAAUGCAAAUGUUUGUGACCAAUUUCAACAAGUAAUAACUUAUCACAGUUCUGUGGAAGGUCAGGCUCGUUUGAGUUUCUCCACUGUAUAGAUCCACGUUAAUGCAUUGCCAUGUAAAUAUAGUAGAGGCGUUCCUCCUACCCCACUGUCUGUUACGGAUGCUAUUUAGGUUAUUCUAGGUUAUUUUAAGGUUGCAUGCAUGUUACAGCCGUCUAGUGGAGUGCAGACUUCCUCGGCCCAUCGUUAAUGUAGCUUGCAGAUCAUGUCUUGCUGCUCCUAGCAUUGCUCGUACUAAUGGAACUCCAUGUUGCGUACAGUGUGCAGUUCUUUUAGGUAUGAACAAAAUAUGCUCCGAUCUUUAAAAAAAAAUUUCUUAGUGUUUUAAUAUAAACUCUGUGCCACGUGCAAUCACUGUGCACAUGGAGCAGCAGAGUUGUGACCUCUUUCUUUUGCACAGUUCACAAAUAAAGGAUUAAAAUUAGUA